AUGACUUCUGAGUGCUCCCCCAAAAGUGAUACUCCUGAGUCCUGUUCUGGGGCAUCAGACUGUCCCUCUGUUUCAACCUGUUCUACUGAGAUUCCCUGCCUCCAUAGUACUGGGGUAACAUCCAGAUGCCAAACACCAACUUUCUUUGCCAGAUCCUGUCGGCCAACCAGUCGCCUAGCAACUUGCUACACACCGGGGAGCUGUAACAUCUCUUACUUUGUGGGUAGCUGUGGUUGGUGCGAGGAAGGAGUCUUCAACAGCAAUGAGAAGGAGACUAUGCAGUUCCUGAAUGACCGCCUGGCCUGUUACCUGGAGAGGGUCCGAGGCCUGGAACAAGAGAACGCAGCCCUGGAGUGCAAAAUCCGUGAGCAAUGUGAGCUGGAAGUCCCUCUUGUGUGUCCAGACUACCAGUGUUACUUCAACACGAUUGAAAAUCUCCAACAAAAGAUCUUGUGUACCAAGGCAGAGAAUUCUAGGUUAGCUGUUCAAAUUGACAACUUCAAAUUGGCCACGGAUGACUUUAGAUCAAAGUAUGAGACUGAACUGUCUCUUCGCCAGCUAGUAGAGGCUGACAUCAAUGGCCUCCAAAAUAUCUUAGCUGACUUGACCCUGUGCAAAUGUGACCUAGAAGCCCACGUGGAAUCUUUGAAGGAGGAUCUGCUCUGUCUCAAGAAAAACCAUCAUGAAGAGGUGAAUUUAUUGAGGGAACAGCUUGGGGACAGACUUAGUGUGGAGCUAGACACAACCCCACCUGUUGAUCUGAACAAGGUCCUGGAUGACAUGCGAUGCCAGUAUGAAGCAGUGGUUGCUGAUAACCGCAGAGAUGUUGAGCAAUGGUUCACCCUUCAGACAGAGGAAUUGAAUCAGCAGCAGCUGUCCAGCUCUGAGGAGCUUCAGUGCUGUCAGUCGGAGAUUCUUGAGCUGAAGAGGACAGCAAAUGCUCUGGACAUUGAACUCCAGGCACAGCAUGGCUUGAUAGAAUCUCUGGAAUGCACCAAGACAGAAACAGAGGCACAAUAUACCACUCAGCUGGCCCAGAUGCAAUGCCUAAUUGAUAAUGUGGAGUCUCAGCUAGCUGACAUACGCUGUGACCUGGAGCGGCAGAACCAAGAAUAUCAGGUCCUUUUGGACAUGAAGGCACUGCUGGAGUGUGAGAUCGCCACCUACCAAAGCCUGCUGGAGAGUGAAGACUGCAAACUUCCCUGCAAUCCAUGUUCCUCAUCCUCUACCUGUGGCAAUACCUGUGAACCCUGCACAGCUUGUUUGAUUUGUACAGUUGAAGGAUGCCAAGUCUGA